CGACAUCCGCUCUGCACCGCCAACGCCCUCGAGGCUGCCCAGAUCUACUAACACAGGUGCACACGCAAUGCCUAGCUAGCCUGGCACACAUUUCAUCUUUAUCCUGACUGUGUUUACCCCGUCGCCAGCGCGUGUUUUGGCCAGAUCCACCACCGCACCGCACGCCCACCAUGGCUGCCGCACGCAGCAAAGUACCCGCCAUUGGGUCCGCGCAAUGGCUGCUCGACGAGCGACACCAGUCGAAUGACCUUGUGGCGCAAGAGCUGGAAGAUUUCGGCUUCUCUGUGCGCAACGAGCUGGAAUGGCUCAACGAGCAUAUGGGGGACAUCUUCGCCCAAAACGGACAGAAUCACCUGGACGUGUUCAAAACACCCGGAAAGCUACGCGGAAAGACGCCACGUACGGCCCGCAAGAAGCCGGCCGAGCCUCGCCAGCCUCUCGGUGACCUGUUCUCAGCGAACUCGCAGAAGCGACCCAGCCCCGCCGAGCAGAGCCUACGAAACAACCUGCACAAGAACCUCGCAAAGCCGCGGUUCCAAAUCGCCGAGGACACGGAAAAUGCCGCUCCCGCGCAAUCUCCAGACGUGAAGUCACCCGUACCACGGCCCCUCUUCUCGAAAGCACUCGGCACGGGCAAGGAGAACCAGCAGAGUAGUCCAGUCAGGCCAGAGAGCCGGCCGGCCACCAGCCACACCACUGUUCCCGUCCACUUCAGUCCAGUGCAUUCUACACAGGACACGGUCAUGACCCAAGAUGGCGAUGAUGUCUUUUCUCCUCGAGGCACGCAAUCCACCCAGCCUACACAAGCAACGCAGUCAUUCGGGCGCUCCAUUAGCGCCGACGACGAGCGACGCGAUACCGGCGAGUCGUUUGUUUCAGCGAAGGAGGCGUUUGGCAGUAAGAAUGCCUCCCAGGAGAAUCUUCGCCAUGAAUUCAAAGACGACGCAAUGGAUAUCGAUGACGACAGGCCGGACACGUCGCAAUCCGAUGUGCAGGACACCGUUAUCCGGCACGAGCUGAGCUCAGUUCAUGAUGAGACUGCUAUCCAUCACGACAUUCCCGAGUUUCCUCAGCCACCCAGGAUCAUAUCGGAGCAAUACAGCAUUUCUGCCGAUACGCAAGACGCCCUCGACACCGCGAAUCAACGCGCCCACGCACCCGAGCCCAAGAGUAUCUUCGCACCCUCUGAGCCUUUUGCUGGCCCGGUCGAUACGCGAAUCGCUUCGAAUGACGAAGAGCAACACGAUGAUACCGUAGUUCAUCACGAGAUCGACGAUCAGAUGGACAUCGAUGAUGACGUUCGCUCGCCGUCGGAUGGCUCCAGCCCCGUGAAACCGCUUGUUAGGAAGAGUAGUCUCACUUUUGCCUCUCUGCCGGCACGAGAGCCUUUGAUUGCGAAGAAGAGCAUGGGCAAUCGCAUCUCACGCACGAGCCAUGUCGACCAAAGCAAGGUUCGCAGCAGCCAGUUGGGUCGAUUUACUGGAGGCAAGAGCCUUGGAGGCUCUCAACUACCACAAACCGACACUCAUCACCAUGACCCAAUGGACUUGGAAGAGGAACGACCGGAACUCCGGAGAGAGGAAUCCGAGACCACGAAGCUACAUAACAAGACUUCCACGCAACGCCUAUACGAGCGCAUCAACAUGCUCAAGCAGCAGAACGAGGCGCCCAAGCGGAUCAGCCAGAAUGUCAUGUCUUCGCAGCCCUCACAGGCAACGAGCUUUGCCUCUUCCCAUACGAAGGAACUUACUCAGCCGUCGCAGCCAUCCCAGCCGGUACAGGCUUCUCAAUCAGCAUAUCUGCAUCUUCAGGCAGCCCAGCCUGGGAACGAUGAUGAUGACGAUGAUGAUUGGAUAUCGCCAAUCCGGACCACGGCACCGGCACCAAAUCCCGCGCGGCCUCCGUUCAGCAAGAGCUACUCGGCCGACACGCGUCCAGCAGCUGAGCCAAUCCUUCCUAAGCCUAUCUCCGUCUCCAACCCGGAUCUUUCGACAGUCGUGGAGUCAACCACUCCGGCUGGCUCCCCGACUGGUAAGAAAUACAUGGAUGGCCCUCUCAGUGCGUCAAAGGCUAAGUUCUAUUCAGCUCUUCGUGCGGCAAAGGAGAAGAUUAUCGGCUCUAGCGCAACAAGUGCCCAAGUGAAGCUUGAUGCGCUGACUGAAAGCCCGAUGCGACCCAAGCUCAAGGCCCAGUUCUCCACCGAGGACAUCUUCAGCCCGAAGCGCACUGAGAAAGCUAGCCAUACGCUUUUCUCUCAUUUGCGUUCCCCUUCAAAAGAAUCCGACAAAUCCGGAAAAUCGGCAAAGGUCGCCGCAGGACCUGGCAGUCCUAUGAAGGACGAUGGCCGCCGCACACGCAGCUCCUCCGAGCGCGAGAGACAGAAAGAGAAGGAGGCUCGUGAAAAAGAAAUGAAACAGAAGCAACGCGCAGAGGAUCGACUGAAGGAGCUACGGGAGAAAGAGCAAUCCAAGGCUGCUGCGCACUACCAGAAGACCAAAGCCGCAGCUGCAAAGACGCCAGUUGCUAUGUCUUCUCAGCAGAACAUCAGACAGGCGGCGGCAGCGGCGACGAAAACUCCCAUUUCAGUCUCACAUCAGUCGCAGGCUCGACCUGGAAUGACGCGGAUGAAUACCGGGCCUCGGCCACAGGAGCCUGAUUCGGCAGACGAGAUGCCUCCACCGCCUCCCCCGAAGAGUAACCUCCCAACCACCGCGCACAAGCUGAGAGAGCCAAAGAAGCUUCUCAAAGCUUCUAGCAAGGACACUCUGCCGAAGGCAAAGCCUCAGAAGAUCAUGGUCAAUCUCAACAGCAGCCGAUACGGACCUGCUCCUGCAGCCGCGUCGAGAAAUGCUCCUCCAGCGGCCCCUAGCGCCCCAGCACCUGCCACCUCUAGAAUGGGUCCUCCCGCGCCGAAGCCAGCUCCAGCGGCACCCAAAGUUGCUCCAACUGCAAGGCCUGCUUCGGCUUUGUCUUCAAAGUCGGGAACGUCUUCAAAAGCAGCCCCUGUCGCCGCUAAGUCGGCUUCUCGAAUGGGUCGACCACAGCCGCCAAAGGCUGUUGAGAAGCCGGUAGAGAAGCCGAAAGCCCCUGCGCCUCAACCUCGCGCCGACCUCGCGGCUGCUAAGCCCGUGUCCCGCAUGCAGACAGUUCAGGAUGUAAACCGGAUCAUCGUGCCCCCAGUCAACCCUGCUAAGCCCGCCAAACGUCCGUUCCAGCCCGAAAAUGAUGAGCCACUCCAUCGACCAGCCAAGCGCCCAUCGCAGCAGGCGAAGAUGAACCCCAUUACGCCUGCACAUGCUCAAUUCGCAAAGGGCAAGAUUCCCUUCGCCGAGCCAUCUCAACUACGUCAGCCCCCACAGCCGCAGUAUCCUAACGGCGAGGAUAUCAAGCUGCCAGAGAUCAUGACCGACUCUGAAGAUGAGGACUCGGAGAACGAGUUUGAGCAACCUUCGUGGGUGAAUACCCCGAACCUUCGCGAACUCUUGACACAGCAGCAGCUGGUCGAUCCCGAGCAGAUCUUCGGUCCUAUUGCGCCGUUGAAUAUGGAGCAGGUCUUCCCGAAUAAGGAGAGGCACAAACGGUUCCGCGAGCGGACUAGCAGUGCCUAUUGGACGAAUGAUCAGCUUACAGAGGAAGAGAAGCAGAAGGAGCGCGCGGCAAGAGAGCGUAUUGUUAGGGAGGGAGCUUGGACCUAUAAUCCAAGCCCGCGUCCCACUCCUCGCCCCGGUCUCUGACGAGCUCUGGAUACGAACAGGGAUGCGGUUCAUGAUGUAUACGGCGGAUAGCCUAUUAGCUGGGUCUACGGUGUUGGCAAAGGAGACUCAUGGCGUUGACGGCUGAUGAGUAGGAUGAAGGUCUCUGUAUUGAUAUUGUGGGACGGUGUUUAUAUUGCCUCGGCUGCUUUUUGCACCACCGAUGUUAGUACAUGGCGUUAUGGGGGGUUCUGGGAGCGUCGUUCUCCCUCUUGUUACGAUGGCACGGCGUUUAAUAAGUGGUUGCUGCGCCCUAUGCAUAGGGCCGCGACGGAUUGUUUCUGCAUAGCACUGCUUGGUUCAGUAGCAUUGGUUAGAUGCAAAAUGAGGAU